AUGGAGGGUCCAGCUCUGCGGCUCGCCUUGCUCUGGGCCAUCACCCUGGCGGGAGGCUUGUGCGUGAACCAGGAGGAGCGGCUCAUCAACUACCUCUUCAACGAGAAGAGCUACAACAAGGACCUGCGCCCCGUCGCCUCCACAGACCAGGCCGUCGACCUCUACAUUGCCCUGACGCUCUCCAACCUUGUCUCGCUGAAAGAAGCCGACGAGACCCUUGCCACCAAUGUCUGGAUUGAGCACAGCUGGGUGGAUCUUCGGUUGCAGUGGAACGAGUCGGAGUUUGGCGGCAUCCAGAUCCUCCGGCUCCCCCCGGACAUGCUGUGGCUGCCCGAGAUCUUCUUGGAGAACAACAAUGACGGCACCUUCCAGAUCGCGUACUACUGCAACGUGCUGGUCUACAACACGGGCGACAUGUACUGGCUGCCGCCUGCCAUCUUCCACAGCGCCUGCCCCAUCAACGUCAAGUUCUUCCCCUACGACUGGCAGAACUGCAGCCUGAAGUUCAGAUCCCUCAUGUACAACGCCAAGGAGAUCAACAUGCACCUGCGGCAAGAGUUCGAUAAAACCACCAAUAAAUCCUUCCGCACGGAGUGGGUCGAGAUCGACCUCGCGGCCUUCACUGAGAACGGGGAGUGGGAGAUCAUCCACAAGCCAGCCCGCAAGAACAUCGACCCGAACUUCACGCCCGACAGCAACGCCUACCAGGACAUCACCUUCUACCUCAUCAUCAAGCGCAAGCCGCUCUUCUACAUCAUCAACAUCGUCAUGCCCUGUGUCCUCAUCGCCUUCCUGGCCAUCCUCGUCUUCUACCUACCGGCCGACAGUGGGGAGAAGAUGACCCUGGUUAUCUCCGUCCUGCUUGCCCAGUCCGUCUUCCUGCUGCUGAUCUCCCAGCGCCUGCCUGCCACCUCCCUGGCUGUCCCCCUCAUCGGCAAGUACCUGCUUUUCAUCAUGCUGCUGGUGACCGCGGUGGUGGUGACCUGUGUGGUGGUGCUGAACAUCCACUUCCGGACGCCCAGCACCCACAUCAUGUCUGCCUGGACCAAGGAGGUCUUCCUGGAGACCCUGCCCCGCCUGCUGCACAUGUCCCGGCCAGCCGAGAGCGAGCCUGACCCGCGCCAGGGGCUGCUGAUCCGCCGCAGCAGCUCAGUGGGCUACAUCGUCAAGGCGGAGGAGUACUUCAGCGUCAAGGCACGCAGCGAGCUCAUGUUUGAGAAGCAGUCAGAGCGGCACGGGCUGGCCAGCCGUGCCACCCCCGCACGACCGACCCCCUUGAGCAUGGGUGACACACAGGAGCAGCUGUAUGGCGAGGUGCAGCCGGCGAUCGAUGGGGCCAACUUCAUCGUUGAGUACACGAGGGAGAAGAACGCCUAUAAUGAGGAGAAGGACAACUGGAACCGUGUGGCCCGGACGGUUGACCGGCUCUGCCUGUUUGUGGUGACCCCGGUGAUGGUCCUGGGGACCCUGUGGAUCUUCCUGAUGGGCAUCUACAACCACCCGCCACCGCUGCCCUUCGCCGGGGACCCCUUCGACUACCGCACGGAGAACCGCCGCUACAUCUAGGGGCUGCUGAGACACUGCCACCCAGCCCAGGGCAGCAGGGCCCUGCCCACCCUCUCUUUCUGAGUUAUUUCUGCUUUUCUUACCUUGUCCCAGAUGAUAAAAUAAAGC